AUGGAUUCUGGAAAGCGCCGGUUACGAGCAGCCAAGGCGUGUCAACGCUGUAAUCAACGGAAAAUUAAAUGCGACGCGACGCUAGUUGGCUUCCCCUGCAGCCGCUGCCGAAUGGACGGUGCUCCAAAUUGCGUUUUGGUUUCUUCAAAAAGGGGUACAUACGAUCGCAAAGCAGCUCGGAUACAACAGAGGGGCUCCUCUGCCUCGUCGAACCAAUCUCCGCGCCAAAAAUCGGAGCAAAGCACGGCGGCGCUUGCUUCCAGUCGUGAAGAAUGCGAUGCAGCAGUUGUCUUCAGCGCUGAUGAAAAUGUUCCUUGCUUUCCAAACGUGGAUAGCAGUACAACAGAGAUGUCGAACCGUCGUGCUUCUUAUGUUGAGCGAGCGGGUCCGGCUGAUUCGCACGGGAGCAUGCCGUCCCCCGCAACUGUGAGGCCUUCGUCCUGUGCCGGGAGCUCCAAAUCUCUCUCAUCCAUGUUUGAAGAUCAUGUGGGCCGAAAGAGUCCGGAUACCGUCGGCCAAUGUGAGUUGGUUCUCUUUGGCGAGCCCUCUCCUUUGACCUUUGCUUUACAGCUGCGAAAAGGACAGGGCCAAGUGCUGUACGAUACCAGCCAGCACAAUCUUAAUAGCAGCUCAUUGGCGGUGAUUCAAGGUGAUAUACACCCGCCUCACUUGGAACCGUGUGACAUAGAAUAUCUCAAAGCCAAGGGGGCUUUCUCAUACCCUCCUAGGGAAGCGUUUGACUCUAUGGUGGAUGUUUUUCUGGAUCGCUUUUACCUUCUGUAUGCUGUGGUCGAUCCAAUAGAUCUACGCCGCGCCCACCGGGCUCGCAAGCUCCCGUGGAUCUUUUUGCAUGCUAUUUGCUUUGUCGCCAUGACGUUCUGCGACGCUUCGUUGAUCUUCAUUGCUGGAUUCAAAUCGCGGUCAGAGGCACGCCAUCAUUACUAUAGCAAAGCAAAGGCUCUCUUUGACAUCAGCUACGAAAAGAACAAGGCGGUUCUACUCAAGGUGUGCAUUCUUCUAAGCUUUGAGGGGCCGCGACUGAAUUGUUACUGGAACCCUUGCUCAUGGAUCGAGAUUGGUGUCACCAUGGCCGUGUCGCUGGGACUGCAUAGAGCGGAGGUGGAUGCCAGCGGGCCUCCCAAUGACCACAGCCUUUUUAAAAGGCUCUGGUGGGCCCUAGCUGUUCGUGAUGCUCAUUUUUCCACGCUGUUAGGCCGUCCUUUCCGAAUAAACAUCACCCAAUGCGAUACCGACGUGCUGGCCCUGGAAGAUUUCCCUCACAAUCAUGAACCGCUCGACCCUUGCACUUGCAAAGCUGCUUUCAUGUAUCAGAUUCAAUCGUGCAAAUUAUCUCUCAUAUUGCGGAGCAUCUUUCAUUUUCGUUUUGGGCCGGUCUCCGAUUCGAUAACCCUUGACCAUAUCCAGCAGCAGCUCGCCAUUUGGAAGUCAGAGGUCCCGGUCGAAGUUAGCUGGUCGACCAGCAUGAACUCCAAUGUCAUUCAGUCUACACAGUUAGAGACCUUAUACAACUAUCUUCUAAUUCUCUUACACAUGAACCCUGCUGGUCAAUUCCAGGCCAGUCAGCGACGACCAUCCGUUUGCGAUACGAGCUCGAACCAAAUAGCAGAAUCCUCUGCUCUAACAAUUUCUUCAUUAUCAGUCAAAUUGAUGACGAAGGCUACUUUAUCACUCCUCCCACACGAGAUAUUCUCCGGUUUCCUCGUCGCUGGAGUAAUUCUCUGUCGACAGACACAGCAAUCUGAAACCGACAAUCUUGCAAUAAUGACUCGGGCAUGUUUCGAUAACUGCCAGAUGGUAUUGAACGAAGCGCAAGACUUCUGGGAUCCGGGGAAAUGGGCAAUGAGGCUGUUCGACUUUCUAUUGUCGUUUGGAGAUUCCAAUGUUGAAGAUCUAUGUUAA